AUGCACCCCGUCAUCUCUCGGUCCAGUAGCGGCGGCCAUGCAAUGAUCACCCAUCACCCUCAAUCCCAAGCAUCGCCGUUCAAUCAAUCCCUUCUUCAUCUAUCUCUCGCGCCUCCAUUCGCCCAAUCGCUCUCUGCUGCCCAUGCCAUCCCACUUGCAUCUGCCGCGCGCGCGCGUCGCUUCACGGCAGCAGCCGCUAACACAGCCCUGACGCAGCUAUCCCAGCCUCCUCACACAGGCCACCAAUGGAUUAAGACAUCGGCCAGCAUCUACGACAGCCUCAUUCUAAGGCGCCCGCUUCCCAUCGUCGUCGGCGCCAUCCUCAAUGCCCUGGUCUAUGUCGCAUUCUCCCUCUGCGGCUUUGUAAACUCCGAGGCGUCGCUGCUUCACCCGCCCUCACACGCCUGGAUAUCCAUCGACCCCGCCCGGGGUGCUGUUUCUGGACAAUCCGAUGUCGAGUUCCGUCAAGCCUGGGUCUGCGGUCGCUGGAUGCAAGCCCUCGACAAGGACACGCUUGUCGAUGCUGUUGAUGCCCAGAACUACCUCGUUUCCGAUCACGGUGCACACCCCGCCAGCCAUGACCAGUCGCCAUCUGCCAGGGUCGUCAACCAUGACGCCGACUCGUCCACCGUGUUUGUCCACUCAAUUCUAGACAACUGGGACUGCUCUGCCCAGGCCAUUGUUUCGGACAACGACAUUCUAGGCAACCUGUCCCGGGCACUGCGUCGCAAGUCGUCGGCCAAUAUCACUCUCCGCCCCGCCUCGGUCUUCAAGAAGUUUGGCCUGACAAAGAGCCAUAAACCCGCCGCCGACACCAUCGUCAUCACCAUGCUCACCAGGGAUGGGUCGACUGCUGGAGAUCACUGGGAUGAAGGUUCAGUCUCUCUGAGGGAAACCAGGCCGCAGUGGAACAUACUAAGAGACUCACAACCCGCCGCCCUCGCCAAGGUCCACUACCUGUUUACCACGAGCCGGGAUCAACUCAUCAUUCUUUCUCUCUACACCCUGGGAUUCCUCUAUUCCGGCCUUGUUAUGUCAAGGCGAGCAAUUCUUCGAAGCGGGCUUUGGCUCUUAGGCUCCAUCGCUCUUGAGGUCUCACUCGUAACUUUGAUAAGCCGGCACAUUUCUUCCUCAAUUGGCAUCGCAAUUUCGACAGUCCCGCUAGCGUGCUACCCACUGCUAGUGCUUUCGCAAUGCCUAUUCAAUGUCAAUCAUCUCAUCAGCAAGGUCAAGAAGGUUUACAGCUACGCGGACCAGGCGAAGCUGCUCUCUCUUGCCUUGAUGGACAUGGGUAUCGCCCCUCUCGUACGAACCCUGCAGGCCAUAACAAUACUCAUGAUCUUGCUAUGGAUCUCUCCUGCUGCCGGACUAUCGAACUUUUGCCGAUUCGCGAUGCUUUCCCUCGCCCUCGACCUCUUUAUAUUCUACACCUUUUUCAUCGCCGCCUUCGUCACGAACCUCCGAGUACCAGAGUUGCAAGAUACGAAAAGCGAGCAACAAGAGACGAGCCAUCCCCCGAAGUCAAUAUGGAAUAUGAAGCAGCAUUGGAGCACAAACCACCUUCUAAUGACGGCGGGUCUAAUCUACUUUAUGGCCUGCCACUUCUACGACAUCCGAUCGUGGCUGACUUUCCUCGCCAACAUAAAUUUCGCCUCUCGAAUCCCGAUCAAUUCUCUCAGCUGGCACUCUCACGCAUCCAGCUACGAUCUCUCACCGACCGGUUCAUUACUGGGCUGGUUGCGUGCCCAGGAGCCCGACACUCUGCGCGAGCUUCUACAAAGCGUCACGACACAGUCCUCUAGCUUCAUUGUCAAAUCAUACGCCCCUCUUCAUGUCUUCACUCAGCCCGAUGCAAGGAAUGCAACGUUGGCCGUGAUUGACGACUCGACAUCAUCAACACCGAUUUCGGCCAUGCUCCCAUUGGCCCCAUUCUUAUUGACCUUGAUUGGAUUCCACACCACAUACUAUGGCUCGACAGAGACAGUCGAAGAUGAGAAGGAUGAGCAAGGUGCCGGAAGGGAGACACACAAUUCACUAACCCGCCGCCUUGACCAACGGCACACUCUCGACAUUUACCUACUCACUGCGUGCGCCGGGCGAUUUAUGGUGUCUGUGGGGUUUGAUCACCAGAUUUGGCUUUGGAAUCUGGAAGGGCCAACACCAACCAGCGAAGCGAUAGCUUCCACUACCGAACAUGAGAUAUCAUGGCCCAUAUCCUUGGUAGCCAUUGACGACCAUGCCGAAUGGGUAGCAAUCUGUUCUCGAAAGGGGCAGGUGCUGCUAUGGAACCGUCGACACCAAAAGUUUGAGCAAGAAUUGUCUGUGAGCUCAAACGAGAAAGUAAUAAAAUGUUUCUUUCUCAAGACAGACACCAGCCAACAAAGGCUUGGGCCCCAGCGAGUAGAGACGCUCUCCAGCCUCCUACUCGUCCUAGAUAGCGGCCGUUUGAUGGACGUUGAUCUCAAUGGGAAGGGGUGCAAUACGGUUCAGAUAUGCGAAAGACCGAUAAAGUCGUCUCAUCUUGUAUCUAUCAACCGAUACGCUGCCCCCAAGCUCAUCACCGUCACUGCAGACGAGACCAUUUUCAUGUCGGCGAAUCGAGAGCGGAGGUGGAUGACUGUGCCUUUGCAAGUCGCCGCCCUGGAUAAUCUGAAGGCUACGCAGAUCCGGCCAAUUCAGUUUUCCAUGAUUCCCACAUUAAGAGGUGUAGCCUCUGUUUACAAUGAGGGCAGCAAUGAGCUGCUCUUGUUGGAUAUUUUAUCAGGAAAUGUCAUAUACACAUUCAAAACUCAACCCCUUCGCCACCAAUCGCUACGAGCCAUCCACACCUCUCCCCAGCAAUGUGUGUACUGCGGUUCUAUCGCCGUUGCUUCAUUCACCAUCGCCUACACUGAGAAGACAGCCUGUGGGAGAUUUACGAUGAAAACAGUCGCCAUACCACAACGGUUUGGGCCAGACUACUACCGAAGCCGCCUGAUCUGUCUACGUUCAGAGCGUGACGUCCGAGAACGCCGCUGCAUGGGAUUUUCAAGCGGCGAAGAAUCGACGUACUCCAUGGCCGAGCCUGGCUCAUGGGAGGCGAGCGGGGCAAACGGAGUGGCAGGUGUGCGGCGGGUCAUGUCGUCGUCGAUUGUCCAGACACAACGGCACACCCAGUCGACAGGGCUGUGGCGUCGCGACGUCAAAUGUCGCAGCAGCCAAGGGCAAGGGGGCGGGACCAAGCAAUACCGAUGGGAAGCUUGGACCAUGACGGCGCAAGGGGAAAUCAACACGCACGAAUUGACAACGGGCCUGCUAGCGGUCUCGCCGGGGCCUUUUGGGAAACAACUGCGGGAUGACGACGGUGCAGACGGAGCGACGGACGCGCCGACGCACGGGAAACUUGCCAAGCGAAGAAGCAGGUCUGGGAUUAUACCAAGAUAA